GGAGGUAACCUCUCUCUUCUUUCUUCAUUUCCUUCUUAUCAGCUUGUUGUUAAAAUGGAGAGAUUCUCUGUUAUGCUGUGCUUGUUUAUUGUGAUGAGCUGCUGUUCUGUUUCUGCCACCUGCUAUGUUUCAUGCUUCCCACAUGAGAGAGAUGCCCUCCUUGCUCUCAAGGAUGACUACUAUAAAUACAUGGAUGAGUACGCUGCCAAGCAAUAUUCGUCAUGGAAGGGGUUCAAUUGUUGUGAGUGGCGUGGUGUUGAGUGCAGCCACUCCUCCUCCCACGUCAUCCAACUCCGCUUCUCCAACAAUUACAUUGCUGAGUACUUCAACAAUACUUAUAUUUACAAAACUCUUGUUCCAGUUUUGUUUCAAUUAAAGCACAUGGAGUAUUUGGACCUAAGCUGGAAUAAUUUCAUUGGCCACCUACCCAAAGAAUUAUUUGGUCUCCAAAAUUUGAGGCAUCUAGAUCUCUCUAGGAACAAUUUUGAAGGUAAGAUUCCUAUGGAUGUUGGCUUUGUACACACAUUGAAUCACCUCGACUUGGCUGGGAAUGAAGUGUUUAACUCUAGUUUAAGGUGGGUGGAGAAGCUGCAAGAGCUGAGAUAUUUGUCUCUUGAAGGUGUAGUGUUGAAUAUGACAACCUGGAAUUUGGAAGCAACCAUCUCUCAUCUCCAUCAUCUCCAUUACCUAAACCUUGCCAAUUGCUAUCUAUCAGGGCACAUCCCCAAUGCCAUCCAAAACCUCACCUCCCUCUCCCAUCUUAUUUUAGAUGAAAAUGACCUUAGUUCUAUAGUGCCUUCAUGGUUGGGAAAUAUGCCUCAUUUGCAAGAGCUUAGUUUGUUUGAAAACCCAUCAUUGAGCGGAGAUGUAGGUCAGAUGUUAUGUUGUGAAUGGCCACAAUUGACCAAAUUUGAUUUGGGAAAUACCAAUAUAACAGGGAUUAUUCCACCUUGUAUUGGAAAUAUUUCUUCCCUCCUCCAUAUUGAUAUUCAUAAAUCAGUGGAUUACUUUGGUAUGGGAAAGGUGGGAGGAAUUAUUCCUUCUUCCCUUAGCAACAUCUCUAGUCUUCAGUCACUAUAUCUUGGAGGAAACUCAUUGAGUGGAGAGAUCCCACCUUCACUUGGUCAACUUUCAUCUUUGAUUGAACUUGAUCUCUAUGACAAUAAGCUUAGUGGUAGUAUACCUUUCUCAGUUGGUCAUCUUUCAUCUUUGAUUUAUCUAGAUCUUUCCCACAAUAAAAUCAAUGGUCAAAUACCUUCCUCAUUGGGUAACAUUUCAUCCUUGGGAGCUAUUUAUCUUGAUGAUAAUCAACUGAAUGGUACAAUUCCCACUUGUGUUGCAAUUCUCCCUCAUGUGGCAACUUUUGAUCUCUCUUCCAACAAUUUGCAAGGUAAUUUUUCUCUUGAUUCUUUAAUAACUAGUAGUACUGACCUUAUGUUUGAUCUUUCUUAUAAUAAAUUGACUAUCCAAGUUGACCCUCAAUGGAUACCUCUAUUUUCCUUUCGAAGAUUGGCAUUGGCUUCUUGCAAUAUUGAAGGUAUCAUACCCCCAUUCCUUUCAACACAAUAUGGAUUGUGUUAUUUGGAUCUCUCCCAAAAUAAUAUAUGGGGAUACAUUCCACCUUGGCUAGGAGAUUUACCUAGUCUAAAAGUUUUAAAUCUAUCAUAUAAUAAUUUACAAGGUCCACUACCCCUUACCAUCUACAUGCAGUCAUUUAUAUAUUUAGACCUACAUAACAAUCAAUUGAAUGGUUGUCUUCCAAUUCCUUCAGGAUCUUCCUCAUAUGUUCGACUAUUGGAUCUAUCAGAAAAUGGUUUUACAGGUGUUAUCCCAGUGAAAAUUGGCAAGAUUUUACACCGCAUUAGAUUCUUGUCAUUUUCAUCAAAUUAUCUAAGUGGUGGAAUUCCUUCCACCAUUGGUCUUUUGCAACAGCUAGAAGUUCUAGACCUAUCAAAGAAUAGAUUAUCUGGUAAAAUACCAUUGAGACUGAUUAAUUGCUCUUCUUUGACAAGACUGAACUUGGGAAAGAAUAAUUUGAUGGGGGAGAUUCCAGCUCAGAUAGGAAUGUUAAGCAAUCUUGUGGCACUACAACUGAAUGGAAAUAUGCUUAAGAGAAACUUGCCAUCUAGUCUUCAGAAUUGCUCCAGCUUGCAGAUUUUAGAUGUGGGUGAUAAUUUAUUAGUGGGAAAUAUACCCCUUUGGCUAUCAAAAUUCACCAAGUUGAUGAUACUUAUUUUAAGGUCAAAUAAACUCCAAGGGAACAUUCCAAACCAAUUAAGCAAUCUUUCAAAAUUGCAUGUGCUAGAUAUUUCACAUAAUUAUUUGACUGGGGCCAUCCCAUCACAGUUGGGAAAUUUAACAGCAAUGAUGGAUCCACAUCCACAAGUAAAAAGCUCAAAUGCUAGUGAUUAUUCCUAUUAUUACAAAGAAGAGAUCCAAGUUAUCAACAAAGGAUUAGAAUUGAUGUAUUAUAAUUCUAUUUUGUUACUUAUAACUUGCAUUGAUCUAUCUACAAAUCAAUUAUCAGGUGGCAUUCCUUCAGAAAUUGGAAAUCUUAAAGGUAUACACACUUUGAACUUCUCAAGGAACAAUCUUACAGGAAAUAUUCCAAUCACUUUUGGAAUGCUAGAGCAGUUAGAAUCAUUGGAUCUUUCAAACAACAAAUUGCAUGGAAGCAUUCCAAAUGACAUGCUAAAAGUUUCUAGCCUGAGCACUUUUAUUGUAUCUAACAACAUGUUUUGUGGAAGCAUCCCAAGAGGGGGUCAGUUUGCAACUUUCUCUGCCACCUAUUUCUCUAAGAAUCCUAAUCUUUGUGGAUUCCCAGUUGAUAAUAUGACAUGUAAAUGUGGAGAUAAUAAAAAAUCUAGCAUGAUUUAUCUUCCAGAACAAGAGACUCAAGGAGAAGGAGAAAUUCCAUGGCAUUGGUAUGUCGAGUGGAUGACAAGUUUUGCUGUUGGAUUUUGGGGGGUGUUUGGAAUCUUGAUUGCCAAAAGGUAUUGGAGAAGAAGAUUCAUCCAAAUCUUAGAUGAAUUUGCCAUUAUUUUUGUAGAUAUAUUAAGUUGUACUUGAUAGGCAAAUAUAAUUUGUACAAAUAUAAUUUUGU